CGGAGCACACAACUGGUUGUGGCUUUCACGAGGCAACUACACCGCGCGCUCAUCCUCUUCGUGUGUGCAUUCUCGCGUCAUCUUCUGUUUUCUGUUUAAUCCCGUUUAGUCCCGUAGUCCAGCACGCGUUGUUUCGUAUAACAUAUAAAUAUCGUGGAAGGAAUCCGUCAACUUUUCUUAAUUUUAAUAUUCGAAAUGCCGUUAUACGAUUAAUCGAGUUUCACGCGAACUGUCAAAGAAUUUAAUUCGCCAGAAGAAAUCGUGCUGUAACAUCCGUGUAGCUAAUCUCAUCCGGUCGUGAACGUUAUAGUAAAACGAGGUGCUGUCACGUGCUCUUGCACCCGUGAAAUCGGCACCGAUUUACGAUACUUCGUGGACCAUGAGUCGUGUUAGAAGACUUUAACGUUGUUUACAGCAUAACGUAACUCGUGUUUACGGCUACUCGGUACGUACAACCGGUUAAGCACGUGGUGGACAGGAUGCUCCUAAAAUUGGCAGUGUUGCUGUUCGUUUUCGUGCGGCCAGGUGCAAGUUAUUUCAACCUUUUUCUCAGCCAAGCAGAAGUGCGGAAACUAAUGGGUCUGCAGGCGGAAUUGUUUUACGUAAGAGAAGGCGUUAUAAACGAGUACGCGAUUAAAUUCGUCGUCCCGGUGCCAGCCCAGGUUCACAAGCUGCAUUUCACUUGGGAGAAUCUCGCCGGCAGGCCGCUGCCGUACACGAUGUCGGUGGACAUCAGCAAUCCGUCAGCGCUGACCAGCUCCCUCAAUAUAUCCCAGGCCGGUGAGAUCCCGGUCGGUGGGCUGCAGACGUGGGCCCUGGCCCUCCAUUGCGGCCCCUACGACGCCGAGGUCGAUCUCAGCCUUCGAAUAAACGUCUCCCUGUCGAGGAGGAACACGACCAGCCUCGAUUUCAGGCGGAAGAAAAUAUGUCUGAAGGAUAAGAGCAACGUGGGCGCGGAGGAGGUCCUCGUGGCCGCUUCCGGAUCCUCGUCCGGCGGACAAGUGUUCUACGCGGCGAUAGGCUGCGCCUGCGCGUUCAUCGCCGCCAUUUUCGUCCUCGUUAUCGCUUACUACGUUCGCGACAAGAAGACAAGGAGGCAUCGUGAUCCUCUCCAGGAAUCGAGGGGCCUGAGCUCCGCGUGCAGCGUGGAAAGGGGCACAGGAGUCGGACCCGCGCAAACCUUUUUGUCACCCGAAACACCUCCGCCUGCCUCCGCGACAUCCACCUCGACCUACAGACGAUUGGACGAUCGACCCAGCCGAGAAUUGCACGAGAGGAUUCAAGAGAUCACCGUCCAAAGAUGCAGGGUACGCCUCCUCAGCAUCGAGAUGGAGGGCACAUUCGGUCGCGUGUACAGAGGCAGUUAUCACGAGGAGGGCGCGUCCUCCCCGAGGGAUGUCCUGGUGAAAACUGCCGCCGAACAUGCAUCACAGUCACAAGUCGCCCUUCUGCUACGAGAGGGUUUAGCCCUGUACGGUUUGAGCCAUCCAGCCCUGCUCCCUGUUUUGGGCGUCUCGAUCGAGGAUAGAAGCGCUCCUUUCCUCCUCUACCCGCACACCGGUUACAAGAACAUGAAGAGGUUCUUGGUGAGGUGCAAGCUGAGCAGCGAAGGGCCACCGAGAGCACUCACCACGCAAGAAGUCGUGGAAAUGGCACUUCAGGCCGCCAAAGGGGUCCAGUAUCUUCACAGAAAGAGGCUGGUGCACAGAGACCUGGCCGCCAGGAAUUGCGUCGUUGACGACGAUCUGAGAGUUCAAAUCACGGACAACGCCCUGGCCAGGGACCUGUUCCCUCAAGAUUAUCAUUGCCUCGGGGACAACGAGAAUCGUCCCAUCAAGUGGCUGGCCAUCGAAAGUUUGCUCAACAAGACGUUCAGCACCGCCUCCGACGUGUGGGCAUUCGGCGUAUUGUUAUGGGAGUUGACCACGUUGGCCCAGCAACCGUACGUGGAGGUAGACGCGUUCGAGAUGGCUUCCUACCUCAGAGACGGUUACAGAUUGGCGCAACCGAUAAAUUGUCCCGAUGAGCUGUUCGCCGUUAUGGCUUAUUGCUGGGCAAUGUCCGCCGACGAGAGGCCGACGUUUAGCCAGUUGAUCGUCUGCCUUCAAGAUUUCCAUACUCAAUUGACCAGAUACGUUUAAAACCGUUCCACCGUUUUCGAUUCGGGAAAAAUACGAAUUCUUUGAGAAUUUUCACGAUCGAAAAUAUAUAUAUGUAUAUAUAUAUAUAUAUAUAUUACAUAUAUAUAUAUAUAUGUAAUAGCGUUUUAGUACUUAAAGGAUUAUUUGAAGAGGAAAUUAUCGAGAUAUAUAUAUAUAUAAAUAUUCGCGACGAAAAUGAUAUCGGCCGUUUUUAUUCGGAUCAUAUUUUGAAAGAAAGAGAAAGAAAAAAAGGGUAUUUAUCGUAGAAAUUUAUCGUGUAAAUUCUUCUCCGAAAGUAGGAUGCAGGCACGUAUAAUUUCUGUAAUAACCGGUUAAUAACCGGUUACACGCUGUAAGAAAGUUUGGAGUUAGAAGACGUAUAAUUUAUCUCUUUGUAAGACUGAAUUAAUUAAUUAAUUAAUUGAUUAAUCACCGCCCACGUUGUAGGUCCGAAACCACGAUAUUUAAAAAAAAAAAAACGAACUGGCAAACAACCCUGCAUCAAAAAAACUGCCAAUUUCUCGUACUCGCUUAAUGCUCGAGCAUUAAUCGAGCAAAAAGAAGAGGAAAAAAAGAAGCAAUUUUUUAAAUUGUGAUUGUGAUACGCUUCGCUUGCCACGUAAAGAGUGUUUCGAGUGUGCCAAUACACCCUUCCCCUCCUAUCCCCUUCUUUGUAUUUUUGUAUAUAUUUACAUCUCCAUAUAUGUAUAUGUAUUAGCAUUAACGAAUAAGAAGAAUCGUCCGUCUCGACGAGAAAUUUCUGUAUAUAUAUAUAGCGAACAAUGGAUAGAUACGAGAUGUACAGAUCGCCGGACAAUUAACAAUUACAAUAAAGCGUAAUGUAUUACGAUGCACGAACGAUCGAUACGAUUGGUCCACGAUCGAUAACGA